CAACAACAUGGAGUUGUCAUCAAAUGUUCUGGAGAAUUUGUCCGUAGCUGGAGAUUCGGCUCACAUUCCAGACAAACAAUUUAGUCGUCUUGUAACGAAAGCUUGCGAGGGUGUUUUAGAAAAUGAGCACAGGAACGACAUAGAAGGUGAUGAAGCAUUCAAAGACAUUGACAAGGCUGUGUUAAAGGAGGCUUACAGUGGCUUGGUAACCUUGGUGAUUGAGGCAGCCAAGCAUGACGUGGAUACAUCAAGUAUGGGUUCUGUGUUAGAAGAGUGCAAAUUUACGUCUGACAGAAUUGAUACAAUUAAUAAAAUAUAUCAGACAAGAAAACCAUAUUUACAAAUGUUACUUGGUCGUAUAGGUACAGCUUUACCCCAUAUUGUGGACUGCAAGUGGAGACUGGACUAUUAUAUCAAGAAUAACCACUUAGAGAAGGUAAAUGAGCCAGUGUACCUGAUUGCACUCAAAGUGCAGGUGGCCCCUAUUUUUGCAAAGGUGGCCGCUGAUUAUGCAGAGGUGGUCCCUGAUUUUUUGAAGGUUACCCCUGAUUUGUUUAUCAUGUUGAGUGAAAGAGAAACGAGUAGUUAG